AUGUCUAUGCGAGGCCGAUUACCCACUAUCUCACCCACUAUAUCACCCAUUGGUACCGCGAGUUUAACGAACAUCCAGUCAAUCAUGCCAUUCACCAAGGGUACUAAACGCGCUGCCCCACGCGACUCGCGCAGCGACUCCGAGGACGAGGUCAUCACCAAGUCCAACAAGAAGACCAAGACCGCAAAGAAUGGCGCAAGCACAGAUGGAGUCGAUAAGGAUGGCAACCCUUUCUGGGAUCUCUCCAACAAGCGCCGUAUAGGCCUCUCUCAAUUCAAGAACACCACCUUUGUCAACAUUCGCGAGUUCUACGAAAAGGACGGCGACAUGCUGCCAGGCAAGAAGGGCAUCUCCCUCACGGUGCCCCAGUACGAGGCCCUUGUCAAGGCCAUGCCCGCUAUCAGCGAGAAGCUGCGUGCCAUGGGCCACGACGUCGAGGACGUUGAGGAGGACGGUGGCGCUCCCACUGCCGUCGAGGCCCCGAAGCCCGCGGCCAAGGAGAAGUCACGAGCUAAGAAGUCCAACAUCGAGGCCACUAGUGGCGAGGAGUCGGACUAG